UCCCGCGCUGCACAUCUGGUUCCGCUUCCUCUCUCCCGGGGAAGUGAAAGUGGAGGGGAGGGCGCCGUCCGGAGCGGGCUCGCGGCGCCGGACACCCCGCGCCCCUCCCGCUCCCUCCCGCCCUCCCGCGCGAGUCACGCGGCGGCCGGCGCUGCUGCCGUCACGUCCUCAGCCGCCCGCGCGCCUGCUUCCCUCUGCCCUCCGGGUCCUGCUCAGCCUCCUUCCUCCCCCGCGGCGCACCCUCUGCCCCUGCCCCAACUUCCCGCGGCCCGACGUGUGGGCACUGGGACGCGGAGUGGCCGUGCCGUCCCCGGGCAGGGAGCGGUGCCCUCUGUAGCACUCUGCCCGCUGGACGAGGGCAGGCCUUGCCCAGCUCCAGCGCACCCUAACGGCCUCUGCCUGCUGCCCUGGGCAUAGGGCUCCCCUUGCCCUGCAGUGGCGGAGGGACGGGACUGCGCCCCGGAGUUAAAUCCGGAGGCUGACGCUCACUCCUGGCUUCACCUCCCAGACUGGGAGGCUAAAUUUAGCUUGGGUUGGGAUGUGUGUGCCCAGAAGCCAGGUUAAGGAGAGCUCCAGGAGAUUCCUUGGCUCCCUGUUCUCCGGGGAAGGGUAGGAGGUUAAGUAGCCCAUCCAUCCUGUGGCCAUUCUGAACUUUUGCUUUGCGCUCAGAGCCCGUUGGCCUGGGGUUCCGCUUGGCCUGAUGCUCCCCCCACCACCGUCACCACACACACACACCCAUAGGCUGACUUCUGCUGAGCUGCAGCUUCCCCUCCACUGUUUCAGGAAGUGUAACCUUCCUUUCCCUCUGAGGCACCCCUCAGCCUGCCCGCCCCUGCCACUAGGCACCCACCAAACUCUUUCCCAGCUUCUACACCCUGGGGUGCCUCAGGACUCUUGAGGCUCCUACUCCCUGGGGUCAGGCCAUGGAGGCAGGUGAGAAAACAGUUACGGAGAGGGAGAGGCUUUUGUGGGUCUGAUACUCUGUCUUGGGGCUCCGUGGAAGAGGGCAUGAGUGGCUGAAACGAUCCCCCACAGCUACUGUGCACCUAAAACUGGAGAUACCUAAGGAUCUCGGAGGUGGGAAAGUGAUGGUUGUUUGGCCAGGCUGGUUGAGAUGCAGUGAGUGAGGGGGGGGCCAUGGCGGAGGAGCGGCCCCCCCGGCUGGUGGAUUAUUUCGUGGUAGCUGGGCUUGCGGGGAACGGAGCACCCAUCCCUGAGGAAACAUGGGUUCCAGAACCCAGUGGGCCCCUGCGCUCUCCUCGGCCAGCUGAGCCCAUCACAGAUGUGGCCGUUGUCGCUAGGGCACUGGGCGAGGAGGUGCCCCAGGGCUACACGUGCAUCCAGACUUCUGCUGGGGGCCACCCCUUGGAACUCAGUGCCGGACUCCUGGGGGGAACUCAACCAGUCAUCUGCUACCGCAGGGGCCGCGACAAGCCCCCCCUCGUUGAACUGGGGGUGUUAUAUGAGGGGAAGGAACGUCCCAAGCCUGGCUUCCAAGUUCUUGACACGACACCCUACAGCCACUCAGCCAACCUGGCCCCUCCAGGCCCUGGGCAUCCCCGCACCUACCUCACUUACCGGCGGGCAGCAGAGGGGGCAGGGCUGCAUGCCUUGGGCAUCACUGACCUCUGCCUGGUGCUGCCCAGUAAAGGCGAGGGCACGCCACAUACUUACUGCCGGUUACCCCGCAACCUCAAUCCUGGCAUGUGGGGCCCAGCAGUGUACCUGUGCUACAAGGUGGGCCUGGCCAAGGCCAACACGCUGGCGUAUGAGGCAGAGCUGCUGGGCCGCUACCCGGAGGAGGACAAUGAGGCGUUCCCGCUGCCCGAGUCAGUGCCCGUCUUCUGCCUGCCCAUGGGGGCCACUAUCGAGUGCUGGCCUGCCCAGACCAAGUACCCGGUGCCCGUCUUCUCCACCUUUGUGCUUACGGGUGCUGCUGGUGAUAAGGUGUAUGGUGCCGCCCUACAGUUCUACGAGGCGUUCCCCAGGGCCAGGCUGUCGGAGCGGCAGGCACGGGCACUGGGCCUGCUGAGUGCCGUGGAGCGGGGCCGGGCACUGGGGGGCCGAGCUGUGCGUAGUCGACGUGCCAUUGCUGUGCUGUCCCGAUGGCCUGCCUUCCCAGCCUUCCGAGCCUUCCUCACCUUCCUUUACCGCUACUCCGUCUCAGGCCCCCACCGCCUACCCUUGGAAGCGCACAUCUCCCACUUCAUUCACAACGUCCCAUUCCCUUCCCCACAGAGACCCCGCAUCCUAGUGCAGAUGUCUCCCUAUGACAACCUGCUCCUUUGUCAACCUGUGUCCUCGCCCCUACCCCUCAGUGGUGCCAGUUUCUUGCAGCUGCUGCAGAGCCUGGGCCCUGAGCUGGCUAUCACACUGCUGCUGGCUGUGCUCACAGAGCACAAACUGCUGGUCCAUUCGCUGCGGCCGGACCUGCUCACCAGUGUCUGUGAGGCCCUCGUCUCGAUGAUCUUCCCACUACACUGGCAGUGUCCCUACAUUCCACUUUGCCCGCUGGUGCUGGCAGACGUGCUGAGCGCCCCUGUGCCCUUCAUUGUGGGUAUCCACUCCAGUUACUUUGAUCUGCAUGACCCCCCUGUGGAUGUCAUCUGUGUCGACCUUGACACCAACACACUCUUCCAGACAGAGGAAAAGAAGCCCCUCUCCCCUCGGACCCUGCCCCGCAGACCCUAUAAAGUUCUGCUGGCCACACUGACAAAUCUCUAUCAGCAGCUGGACCAGACUUACACUGGACCAGAGGAGGAGACAUCUCUGGAAUUCCUGCUGACCGACUAUGAGGCAGUGUGUGGUCGCCGGGCCCGCCUGGAGCGGGAAGUUCAGGGAGCGUUUCUGCGCUUCAUGGCCUGUCUGCUCAAGGGCUACAGAGACUUCCUGCGUCCCCUCACCCAGGCCCCCUCUGAGGGGGCUCGCGAUGUUGACAACCUCUUCUACCUUCAGGGUUUCCUCAAGUCCCGCGAACGCUCCAGCCACAAGCUGUACUCUCAGCUGCUGCACACACAGAUGUUCUCACAGUUCAUCGAGGAAUGUUCUUUUGGCUCUGCUCGACAUGCUGCCCUCGAAUUCUUUGACUCUUGUGUUGAUAAGGUCCACCCCGAGCAGGAGAAGCCUGAGCCGACAGCCUUAGUGGAGCUGGAGGAGCUGUCUGGAAGUGAGCUCACUGUCUUUAUCACACCCCCUGAGGAGCCUCCAGUACCAGAGGGUGGUGAAUCUACUCCCCAGUACUGUUAUGAUGGGUUCCCAGAGCUACGUGCUGAGCUGUUUGAGUCUCCUCAAGAGCAGACAGGGUCCCUGCCUGUACCAGGCCCAUCCCGUAGUACCCCCAGCAGUCCUGCCCCUCGCCGUACCAAACAGGAGAUGAAGGUUGCACAGCGGAUGGCACAGAAGUCAGCAACUGUGCCUGAGCUUUGGGCCCGGUGCCUGCUGGGGCACUGCUAUGGGCUGUGGUUCCUGUGUCUGCCAGCAUAUGUGCGGUCUGCACCCUCCCGGGUGCGGGCCCUACACACAGCCUACCAUGUACUGCGUGAGAUGGAGAGCCGAAAGGUGGUGCUCCCUGAUGAGGUGUGUUACCGGGUGCUGAUGCAGCUGUGCUCACACUAUGGGCAGCCUGUGUUGUCUGUACGGGUCAUGCUGGAGAUGCGGCGGGCAGGCAUUGUGCCCAACACUAUCACCUAUGGUUACUACAACAAGGCAGUACUGGAAAGCAAGUGGCCGUCUGGUACACCAGGUGGGCGCCUGCGCUGGGCCAAGCUCCGAAAUGUUGUCCUGGGGGCUGCUCAGUUCCGCCAGCCCUUGAGAGAACGGCGGCAGCAGCAGCAACAGCAGCAGCAACAGCAGCAGCAGAACAUCACAGCACACCAAGAGUCAGGCAGCUCCCAGACAGAGUCUUAUCUGGAGCGACCCUCCCCAACCCGCCCCCUUCAGCGCCAAACUACGUGGGCUGGGCGAAGUCUGAGGGACCCUGCCUCACCCACUGGGCGCCUGGUGAAAAGUGGCAGCCUGGGCAGUGCCCGAGGGGCACAGCCCACUGUGGAAGCUGGUGUGGCCCACAUGAUAGAGGCCUUAGGAGUCCUGGAACCCCGGGGAUCACCUGUGCCCUGGCAUGAUGGAAGUCUUUCAGAUCUGAGCCUGACAGGGGAGGAGCCAGCAAGUGGAGGCAGCCCAGGGGGCUCAGGCUCAGCCCUGAGUGCUCAGUCCACCGAAGCUUUGGAAGGGCUGAGUGGGCGAGGGUCCAAGGCUAGUGGACAUCAGGAUGAGGCUGGCACCCCCCGACGAGGGUUGGGUGCCCGCCUCCAACAGCUGCUCACUCCUUCUCGCCGCUCUCCUGCCUCUCGCAUUCCCCCAGCGGAGCUGCCCCCUGACCUGCCUCCCACAGCCCGCCGUAGUCCCAUGGACAGCCUCCUGAGGCCCCGGGAGCGCCCAGGAUCCACUGCCUCAGAGAGCUCAGCCUCUCUGGGCAGUGAGUGGGACCUCUCAGAGUCUUCUCUCAGCAGCCUGAGCCUGCGCCGUUCCUCCGAGCGCCUCAGUGACACCCCUGGACCCUUCCAGCCACCUUCCCUGGAAAUUCUGCUGUCUAGCUGCUCCUUGUGCCGUGCCUGUGAUUCACUGGUGUACGAUGAGGAAAUCAUGGCUGGCUGGGCACCUGAUGACUCUAACCUCAACACAACUUGCCCCUUCUGCGCUUGCCCCUUUGUGCCCCUGCUCAGUGUCCAGACCCUUGAUUCCCGACCCAGUGCCUCCAGCCCCAAGCCUACCCCUGCUGGUGCCAGUGGCAGCAAAGAUGCCCCUGUGCCUGGGGGUCCUGGCCCUGUGCUCAGUGAUCGCAGGCUCUGCCUUGCUUUGGAUGAACCCCAGCUCUGCAAUGGGCACAUGGGGGGUGCCUCUCGGAGGGUUGAGACUGGAGCAUGGGCAUACCUGAGCCCCCUGGUGCUGCGUAAGGAGUUAGAGUCACUGGUUGAGAAUGAGGGCAGUGAGGUAUUGGCAUUGCCUGAACUGCCUGCUGCCCAUCCCAUCAUCUUCUGGAACCUUCUGUGGUAUUUCCAACGGCUGCGCUUGCCUAGUAUUCUACCAGGUCUGGUGCUGGCUUCCUGUGAUGGGCCCCCACCCAGUCAGCUCUCUCAGGCCCCACCUCCUUGGCUUACUCCUGAUCCAGCCUCUGUGCAGGUGCGGCUGCUGUGGGAUAUCCUGACUCCUGACCCCAAUAGCUGCCCACCUCUCUAUGUGCUCUGGAGGGUGCACAGCCAGAUCCCACAGCGGGUUGUAUGGCCAGGCCCAGUACCUGCAUGUCUUAGCUUUGCGUUAUUGGAGUUAGUGCUGCGUCAUGUUGGACUCAAUGAGGUGCACAAGGCUGUAGGACUUCUGCUGGAAACUCUAGGGCCCCCUCCCACUGGCCUGCACCUCCAGAGAGGCAUCUACCGAGAGAUCUUAUUCCUGACAAUGGCUGCUCUGGGCAAGGACCAUGUGGACAUAGUGGCCUUUGACAAGAAGUACAAGUCUGCCUUCAACAAGCUGGCCAAUAGCAUGGGCAAGGAGGAGCUGAGGCAGCGGCGGGCACAGAUGCCUACCCCCAAGGCCAUUGACUGCCGAAAAUGUUUUGGAGCACCUCUGGAAUGCUAAAGACCCUUAAGCUUUCCCUCUCCAGCUGUGGGUGGGGAGGUGAGGGAGAAAAGAUACUGGAGACAACCUGCUUCCCUUCAUAGAAGAGCUGGGAACAGGCUAGGCAACCUGUUCAGCCAUAGGCUUCAAAUGGAAGCAGCAGGAAGAUGGACCCACUGUCACCAAGACUCAGAAUUCCCCUAUGGCCAACCUGCCCAAUAUAUCCAUGAUGAUGUUGGGGAGAGCUGGGGGAGUUGGCACAGCCCUGUUCUUCCCCUGUCCUACUGCAGGAACUCCUCUCCAGGGUACCCACAUAUCUGUACUGCCCUGGUCAUCUUAGAAGUUUUUGUUUUAAAAAAACUGAAAGAUACAAAGCUAAUGAGCCUUUGCCCUGAAUGGGAGGAAGGGAUCUCAUUCCCCGCCAAUGAUGUCUCCUCUUCUCCGGCACUGCUGAGAGAGUCCCCAGGCUCUCCAUACCUUUCUACUUUAGUAUUAGUAGUUUAUUUUAAGUUAUUUAUUCUGGAACCACAGCCCCCCAGGUUAGAGAGAUUCUUAUGGAGAUUAAGAGAAGGGGAUAGGGUCCUGUGGCUUGAGCUAGAGGAGUGCCACACUCCCCUUAGGAAGAACUGGUGCCUCCUCCACUCUUAAUUCUUCUGGUCCACCCAGGGCCCUGACUGUGCAAUAAGGAUUGUUCCCUGCAAAGUUUUGUUGGAUGUAAAUAUAGUAAAAAGCUGCUUCUGUCUUUUU